GAAUAGGUCGCCGGCGAGACACCAAACUUGGCGCCGUUGGCGCGCAUGGCCGGCCAUGCUGAUCAACGGUGGCACGCCCUUGUCACCCGUACCAGAAACCAAUGCAGGUUUGCAUGGAGCAGGUGACCGGCGGGCACGGGCGCAGCUCCCGCCAGUGCUGGAAGGCGAUGUGCCCGAUCUCUCGAUGUCGCCGGUGGCCUCCUCCCCCUCAGCCCCGUCCGCGGCCAGUCUCAGUGCCGAGCUGGGCCUUCGCCUGGAGGCGGCACUGCUGCCCAGCGACAGCGAGAGCGCGAGCGAGUCCACGGUGACCAGCGUGAGCAUCGCCGACUCGGCGGUGACCGUCAGCGUGGGAGGCCGGCGGAAGCCGGAGCCCCAUGUGCAGAUGACGCUGAGCGAGGGGCGAAAGAAGAGCCCAAGAACUUCAAUGCUCAACAAGUUGAAGGGCAACAACCUGUCCAGAUCGAGUCGAACAAGCUUGGGCACCACCAGCCACGCGCCGUCGGAAUCCGCAGAGGAUUCUCGAGCUUCCACGCAGCCCACAGGGACUUUGAGGCGUGCCGCCUCCGAGCCCCCGCGCACGGGUUUGCUGGCCGGCAGCGCCGAACGGGCGGGCUCAGGCUCACCACCACCAAGCCAUGGCUUUCACAAGCAGCUCUCGACCAACUUUGAGCAUGCCACGCCUCCACGGGAGAAGCGCCGCAACACUGUGGUGGCCAUCGAGAAAGGGAAGCCGACCAAGACCAGCCCGCAGCCGCGACCUGCCAGCAGCCGGGAGUCGCUGAGCACCUCGGCCCCGGUGCCCCGCUUGCCGUCGCAACGGCGACGCGCCAGCCAGCUCGAGAUGUUCCGCAAGCAGCGAAGCACGGCCCGCCACAUGCCGUUGGCGUUGAGCGAGGAUGCAAAGGAUGCCUUCCGCAGAGCCCUGCUACAAGGCACACACCAGCUUCGCUGUGCCAAGCUGGGCUUCGUGGGCCCGGCGCGCGCGGGGAAGACCUCCACGCUGCGGGCGCUGUCCGGCUUGCCGCUGAGGGCAGACGAGGAGAGCACUCCUGGCCUUGCAUGCUGGGCCCUUUCGCAGGAGCUCCUCUCCGCAGCUCCAGGGCACCGGUGGCAGCUCCAGGACCAGUCGGCCGUGGCCAGCACCACGCGCUGGGAUCGCGCCGUCGCCAAGUACGUGGCCGACCUGGUGCGCCCCCCCUCCGCGGGCACCGAUGUGGUGCGCCCCGCGGCCACGCCGCAACGACCCUGUACAGAGCUGGAUCCCAGCGUCAUGAAGCGCAUGCCGGUGGACCUCAUCGCCAGGCGAUUGGGUGAGACCGUCCACGGGAACCCAGGGCAGGAUGAGAAGACUGUGGUGCUGGAGGCCUACGACUUCGGCGGGCAAGACGUGUACUACGCCAUGCAUCAUCUCUUUCUGAGCGACUAUGGCAUCUACUUGGCUUGCAUCGACCUCUCGAGCUUGAGCGCCCCUGAGAGCUCCGACAGCUUGAGCUCCGACUUGGAGAAGGAUGAGAAGGAGACAGAGAGAUCCACCCAGACCUGGGAUGCCCUGGAAUGGUGGUUGGCCUCCAUUGCGGUGCACGCGCCCAACUCCCCAGUGGCCAUUGUGGGAACUCACGAUGACUGCCUACCGUCCACCUCCCGGCCCAGGGUGCACGCAGAGGUGCACGAACGCAUUACCGCCUUCUGCAAGAAGCUGCCGGAGCUGAACGAGCAGCUUCACAUCAACGAGCAGGGUCAGCUGUGUUUCUUCCCCAUGGACAACUCUGGGAUGGAUGGUGGACGGUCAGGGGGGCUCUUGCAGAAAGCCGUGGAGGAAAUGGUCUCCAAGCUCCUCCAAGGUGCCUUGGGUCGAGCCAUCCCCUUGCGCUGGAGCCACUUCUGGGCAGUUCUGCAGCGCAAUGGUGGCAACUCGGGGCCUUUGAUCAAAGUCGAGGAGCUCGUCAAGCGUUCGGCGCGCUACGGCUUCGAAUCCACGCAGGAGCUGCAGAAUUGGCUGCGUCAUUUCCACGGCCUCGGUGCCUUGCUGCACUUCCCGGAGGUGGAGGAGCUCCGCGACCUCGUGUGUUUGAAGCCCUCCUGGGUGGGCGAUGCAGCUGCUGCAGUGCUUACGGCCAAAGACAAAGUCUUCCAGGGCUGUGUGAAGCAUGUGGCGGAACUUCGGGAGAGAGGCAUGUUGCACACGCAGCUGCUGACCGCCAUUUGGCGGCAAUGGCCCUUUGCCCGCCAUCACCCGCAGCUGGUGAGCUUGCUUCAGGCUUUAGACCUCCUGUUGGCCUGGGGCAAGGACAAGCAAAGCCAGCUUCAAACACCAAGGGGUCGGCAGCCAGCCACGGACGUGCAGAAGAUCUAUGUGGUGCCCUCGCAGCUGCCCUUGCGGCCCGUGCGCGAUGCGCGCGAGGGCGAUGAGGUGGCCAGUCAGGACGCAGCAGUGCUGUACUUCGACUUCCAUGGUUUAUUGCGACGCUUAUUGCCCACGCUUAUCCCUCGCUUGCUUUGCAGCCUAAGCCGGGUGGAGUCUGGGGUGCAGAUCCUUUCGAUCUAUGCCAACUAUGCGCUCUUUGCCACCAGCACGUUGGGCCAAGCCCAGGGAGACCUGGUGAGAUCCUCAGGCAGCCGACGCACUGUGUCGAUGAUGCUGGUCUCCGUGCAGCCGUGUGGAGAGCUCCUGCGCUGCUGUUUGCGGCCGCGACGCACCACGGAUGCUCGACUCUCCUGGAAACAUGUGGCCUGGCUGUUGCACAACUUCCGCGAGGCCGUUGGUGCUUGGAUGCCCAGGAUCAGCUUCAGGGCUGGCAUCCGUUGCCCCAGCUGCGUGGCUGGCCAUGCUCACGUCCUGGAGCUCCACAACGUCCUGCGCGACGAAGACCUGGCUGUGUGCCACCGAUCUGGUGACUUGCUGGAGGAUCUGCCAAGUUGGCUGCUGGACUGGCGGCAGCACCUGCAGCGGACACAGCCCGGCUCACCUCGGGCAUCUCUGAAAGUGGAGGAGGAGGAGAAGAUGUGGACGCCUCGAUUGCACUUGGAGUACCUCUAUGCCUCGCCCCUGGACGUGGCCUCCUUGGAUGUGCGCGCCGAGAUCGAGGCCUUGGCGCAGAUCGCCCACGUGAACCUGCACGUGCGCACGGCCACCACCGAAACGCUCGCCGAAGUGUGGAGGACGGAGCGGGGCCCGAGUCCUCGUGUGCUGGUUCUGGCCGCCCAUUGUGUUUUGUCGGGCCCGGCGCGGCCAUCCCUACUGCUGGAAGACACCGUGGGCCACGCGCAUGUGUUGGGCGCUCCCGACUUGGACGAGUUGUUGGCCUUGAACGGCCCAGAGGUGGCAGCGGGUGGGAAGCAUGGCACCCCCAUCUUUGACGUCGUGGUGGUCGAUGCCUGUCACUCUGAGCCGCUGGCCAAUCGCUUCGUGGAGGGCGGCGCCACCUGCGCCAUCGGCUGUGCCGGUGAAGUCUUCGAUGCAGCUGCUCGUGAGUUCCUCCGCGUUUUCUUGCGCUCUCUGGCCGCUGCUGACGGGAAGACCGGGUCCAUGAGUGCCGCUGCCCGGGGCGCCUUCCUCGCGGCCCAGCGGGCGGUUCGGCUCUCGCCGCAGCCGGGCUUGCGCUCCGAGGCGGAUCACUUCUGCUUCGUGCCGGCGGGCGGCGGCGAUCCGCGCGACUCGCGGCUCCUGCCUCUGGCGCCCUCGAAUCCCAAGGCCGCGGACACGCUUUUCAGCCAUUUGCCUUCUCCAGUGGAGGACUUUGUUGGGCGAGGCGCCACCAUCGCAGCUGUGGCCAGCGGGUUCCUGGGCCAACGGCGUGUGAUAUGGUUGCAUGGCAAGGCGGGCAUCGGCAAGAGCGCCUUGCUCUCCGAGUUCUGUCGCUUCUAUGCUAUGCCGGGCGACCGGCUCUUCUCGCGCACCUUCCGUGGGCCGGGCGACGGGGCGGGACCCUCCGAGGCUGAAGCUGCUGCUGGUGGACGGGCCACUCAGCGCGGUGUGCAGGUGCUGCGCGUGUUUGGGCUAGGCCCGGAAGCGGUCCUGGAGCGUUUGAGAGUGGCACUAGCUGAGAUGCCCAAGGGAGGAGGCACCCCUAACCCCGCCCUGUUCGCGGAGAAGCUGCCAAGUGCUGCACACGCCACCGCAGGCCCUCCGACUCUCCUGGCGUUGGAUGGCGUGGAGGAGAGCCUUGCCCAGCGAGACAGCAAGGCUGGAGAGCUUUGGAGCUUUCUUGGAGAGGCCUUGGCUCUUUCGUCUCCCUUACGGCUGCUGCUGGCCUCGCGCGAGCCCCGCUACGAUGCGCCGCUGCCAGGGAAGGUUGUGGCGAUGGAGGUGCCGCCCCUCUCGCGGGAGGAUGCGUGCUUGCUGCUUGCGCGGCGAGCCCACCGUCCCCUCUUUCCGCGUGAUUUGGAUAGCACUUGCCGCCCUGGGGGCGACCCCUUGGCACUUUCCACACGUCGGAGAGAGCUGCUGCUGAGACUGGCCCAGCACCCGCUGGCGUCUGUGAUGGGCGAGAGCCCAGCAGAGGUCAUUGCAGCAGCAGCAGCCAUCACUCCACAGCUACCAUCCCUUUUCGCCCAUCCAUUGCUGCAGGAGGAGGUCAGCGAUGCUAGAGAAGCUUCAUCUGAGCAGGGUUGAGGGGAGGACGGCCGGUGUGUUCCCAACGCUUCUGUGACAUUGCCAUCCCAUGUGCCUCUCCGGACAUCGCAC